AUGAAACGUACCGAUCAGGGCCGAGGUAUACGCGCUAUUGAGGUCAAUGGUGCACGUGAGUUGCACUACAAGACGGUACAGGCGCGGCGCCCACCGUCGGCGAGGGAGACUGUGACAAAGACCGCGACUGAGGGCCCUUCAAUGCCGUCUUUUGCGUUACCAAAGGAUGCGAGAAGCACGGCAAGCACGGCAAGCACGGCAAGCACGGCAAGCACGGCAAGCACGGCGAGAAGGCCAGAGGUGGAAAGGCACGAGGCAGCAGUAGUGGAUGGUCGACACAGGUGCAACAAUCCCAACAACCCGCCGUGCGCGCAGUGCGGGUCUGUCAUAAUCCCGGCACCCAAGGCGACGCUGCCGCUCGAGGACACGCCCUCGAUCUCCAUCCUAGACUGGACGGUGUCUACGCGCAAGAAGCCGAUCCUGAAUUCGCAGGAAUUGGACGAGUGGGACGCGCUUCUGGCCGGGUUAACGCUGCCCGAGAUGAUAUUCGGCAACAGUUUUGUACGCGUCGAGAAUAAGAAACAAAACUGGGCUCUCGAGUUCAACGCGCUGGAUGCUCUCAGGCAGGUGGAGCUGACGGAUUGCGGGAUUCGAGUCUCGUAUGCGCACAAAUGGAUCCACAGCAAACGAGAGAAGCAGAAGGAAAGCCAGGAGCUGGAGGAUACCUCCCUAAACAUAUCCCACCAGUACGACUGGACGUACACGACGCUCUACCAGGGCACCAUAGAUGGCAGGGCGAUGGUCAGAGACGACAGCGUGGAGCUGCCUCUGGCGAAGCUUUCGAGGCCGGACCCCAUUCUUUUCUACGACGACAUGAUUUUAUUUGAGGACGAACUAGCGGACAAUGGCAUUAGCAUUCUGAAUGUUAAGGUGAGAGUGAUGAACGAGUGUAUGCUGAUUUUGAGUCGUUUCUUCCUGCGUGUGGACGAUGUCCUCUUCAGGAUAGUCGAUACGCGCGUGUAUGUUGAGUUCGACUCUAACCGCGUCAUUCGCGAAUUCAAGCAGUAUGAGAGCGACUACAAGUCGGUCUUCGCUAAAUUGAGGUCAACACAGGGCCACGACCCCAAGGCUGGGAUGCGGGACAGCAAUUGGGUAGUCCAGAACCUGAAGUUGCUUACAAGGGAAUGCCAUGUACUACAGCUAUAG